CACAAAUAAUUACUGAGUAGGAGAAGGGUAAAUACGUAAAAAUAGAAAGCUCUCCUCUCAUCAGUUGAUCGGCGCGGUCCUCGACUAUAUGCCAUCGGUCGUCUCUCUCAACUCGCGUCGAAGCACUCUCUCCUCUCUCUCUCUCCCCUCCGAAACUGUUCCGCGCCAUUUUCGUCUUUUCUUCUGGUCUUCAUCCCCUUCCUCAAUUAUUCGAAACAAUAGAUAUUCUUGAAACUCUAACCCUAAUUCCACUUCGCCUUGCUCUCACUUACCUGCUUGAUCGGCGACGCCGCAUCUGGGCUUACUGAUCGAUGGAAUGCCGCCAGGGCAUCGGUUUAGAGAAAGCCUGCCGCAUCUCCAACACCAUACACUCGGAGAUCGCUCCCUCCCUCUCUCUUCCUUGGUUACCUGUGUAUCUUGGCGCCGCGGAUCCAGCUCUUGGGCUCUUCGAGGAUGUCUCUGGACGUGGUGUCGAUGGAGACCGGUCGGAGGUUUUAGCGCAGGCUGAGAAGAUCGUGAGCUUGCUCAGGGAUUGUGAUGUCAGCUAUUUAAAUUUAAACAAGGGGGCGAAGAAUUCACCGUGCAGCUCGGUUGAGGUUUCCAGCCUCUAUGAUGAGGUCAUCAAGCGGUACCCAUCAGCGUUUGAGUGCUCUACUACAGGUCCUUUCCAGACAGAGCAUCAUCAACAUGAAGUAUUAGAAAAGAAACCUUUUAUGAAAAAUAUAUCUAGUACAGGCCAUGGGCAUUUAGAAAAUGGUGCCCCUUUUAGUAAUCACAUAGGAAGCAAUUUAGUUCAUGAACCUUUAACUUCUGCUGAUUCAAGCAAACCCAAAAUUAAGAAGAAAGAAAGUUAUUCCAAAUCAUUGUCAUCAGGACCUGGUCCUCCUAAUCUCGAAGCUAUGCUUGGUACCUUCUGUGAGAUGUUGGAAGACUUUUGUGGGAAAGCAGAAGUUCUUGAUGAUAUAGGAGGGGAAGGUGGAUCAUCAAUUCCGCUCGUGGACAUAACAAAUCUUAUAAAUGAGAUAACAUCUGUUUCUGCAAAGAAAAUCUUGCAUUUGGUUCCUCCUGAAACUCUUGUAAGAGUCAUAAAUGUUCUUGAUCAGCAGAUUCAAUGUGGACAAGGUUUUUCUAUUAACGAGAAUGAAAAUUCCUCCACAGAAGUUUUACCAAUCGUAUUGCAUGCUCUAGAGUCCACUCAUGCCGUUCUUGUAAUUAUGACCCAACAAGAUAUGCCAAAGCAGCUAUACAAAGAAGAGAUCAUUGAGCGGAUUGUUGACUUCUCAAGAUACCACAUGAUGGAGGUCAUGGCUGCCUACAACCCAUUUUACCACACCCCUCAAGAACAAAAUGAAAAUGGUGAAUUUGACUGCGAUGAAGUUGAAGAUGAUGAUGCUGAUAAUGGCUCUGUAGGCAGAAAACGACGCAACGUUCGGAUUACAAAUGUAAAGAAGUCUACUGUAAACAAGGUUUCUACACUAGUUAAUUCUGUUGUUCAAAAGCUAUGUUCUAUAUUAGACUAUAUUAAGGAUCUUUUGUCAGCUGUGCGGCUGUCAGAUAGCUGCAUUUUUCAGCUAUUGAAAGCAAGCAUUUCUACUUUCUUGGUUGACAAUAUACAGCUCUUGCAGUUGAAGUCUAUUAAUUUACUUUGUGGGGUUUUUGCUUCAUACCCAGAGCAAAGAGAUUUCUUGUUAGAUGAGAUACUGCACCUCUUUCCAAAAUUGCAAUUUUCAAAGCGUUCUCUGAGAGCCUACCAUUUACCAGAUGUGGAGCAGAAGCAGAUUCAGAUGGUGACAGCUUUGCUGAUCCACUUGGCACAAUUUGGUUCCAAUCUUCCGGAUGCUGUAAAGACUGCAUCAACUAUGGAUGCCAUUUUGAAUUCUUCAGUUGAUGCAGCUUGCCCAUCUAAAUGUCGUGAUGUUGCACAAUUGGUGUCAAUUGCUUUAUGGACCAAGAUUGUUGAAAGGUGUACUAAUACUAAAGCCCAGGAUUUAUCAGAAUCAAAAACUAUUUUGGAAAACCUUGUGACAGACCUGUUGACAACCUUAAAUUUGCCAGAGUACCCAGCUGCUGCUUUUAUCUUACAGGUUCUCUGUGUUGUUUUGCUCCAAAAUGCUGGGCUUAAGUCGAAAGAUGUCUCAGCUCGAUGCAUUGCAAUUGAUGUUCUCGGAGCAAUUGCAGCCAGACUAAAACGUGAUUCUGCAAAUUGCAGAGGAGAGAUGUUGUGGAUUCUGCAGGAGUUGCCUGAGGGGGAGGCUGAGGCAUGUAGUAAAUUAAAAGAUUCAUGUUGCAUUUGUUUUUGUGGAAAAGGUGUAAACAUGAAUUGUCAAGUUUGUCAUAGAUGGUUUCAUGAGGAUUGCUUAGGAGUCUCUGUACAAGAGAAGUUGGUCCGUGAUUGGUCGUGUCAUGUCUGUCUUUGCAAAAAGCAGCUUAGUGUCUUGAAAUCAUACUGCCAGCCCCAAAGUAAGGAAAGCAUUAAAUCUGCUAAAGGUGCUGCGAAACACUCUUCCAAAGAGUCCGAUUUAGUAACAAAAUUUGAGAUCCUUCAGCAAAUUCUCCUGAACUAUCUCGACGAGACCGGUCAACAAGAUGAUGCAAAUUUGCUUACUCGUUGGUUCUAUCUGUCCCUAUGGCACAAGGAUAACCCUGUAUCUCCAGAAAAGGUCAUUUACCUUUUUGCCAGAUUAAAAUCAACAGCAAUUUUGGGGAAAUCAGAAGUUACGCUGGCACUGUCAAGAGAUUGGGCUAAAAGGAUUUGCUUAGCAUUGGGGCAAAACCUUUCCUUUUCUAGAGGUUUUGAUAAAAUUUUCACGCAUCUUCUGGCAAGUUUGAGGGAAGGCUCUUCUAUACUAAGGGCAAAAGCAUUACGUGCGGUUAGCUCUAUAGUAGAAGCUGAUCCAGAAGUUUUGUAUGAUGAACGAGUCCAAACUGCCGUUGAGGGAAGGUUUUGUGAUUCUGCAAUUUCUGUUCGUGAGGCUGCUCUUGAACUUGUUGGUAGGUAUAUUGCAUCUCAUCCAGAGGUGGGCUUGAAGUACUUCGAAAAGGUUUCUGAACGUAUAAAGGACACGGGUGUAAGUGUACGCAAGCGGGCAAUCAAAAUUAUUAGAGAUUUAUGCACUUCUAAUGCUAGUUUUCCCGAAGCAACAAAUGCUUUUAUAGAGAUGAUCUCUCGUAUCACAGAUGAAGAAUCCAGUGUGCAAGAUCUCGUUUGCAAAACCUUCUACGAGUUAUGGUUUGAAGAGCCUUCUGAAUGUCAAACCCAAUUUGUAGGCGAUGGUAGUUCAAUUCCUAUGGAAGUUGCAAUGAAAACUGAGCAAAUUGUUGAUGUUAUAAAGAAGAUGCCUACUAAUCACUUCCUUGUUACUAUUAUCAAGCGCAAUUUAGCACUUGAUUUUCUUCCGCAGUCAGCUAAAUCUGCAGGGAUAAAUGCAGUUUCUUUAGCAUCUGUGCGCAAGCGCUGUGAACUGAUCUGUAAACGCUUAUUGGAGAGAAUUUUGCAGGUAGAGGAAGGGAACAUCGAUGAGGAAGAGGUCUGGGCACUUCCUUAUGUUUUAGCACUGCAAUCAUUUUGUCUUGUUGAUCCAACACUUUGUGCACCAGCUACUAGUCCAGCCCAGUUUGUUGUAACCCUUCAGCCAUAUCUCAAAAACCAGGUUAACAGUAAAUCAGUUGCUCGUUUGCUUGAAAGUAUUAUCUCUAUUAUUGAUGCCAUCCUGCCAUUGCUUCGGAAGCCACCACAAAGUGUUAUUGAGGAACUUAUACUAGACUUGAAAUACAUGAUUAUUCGACACAGUUAUUUGACCGUUGUACAUGCAUGUAUCAAGUGCCUUUGUUCCCUUAGUAGAAUGUCUGAGAAGGGUGCAUGUUUAGUGGAGCAUCUGUUUCAGAUUUUCUUCAGGCAUCUGUGUAAUCCCAAUUUUGAUAACAAGCAGGGUUUGGAGCGUUCUCUCUUUUGUAUUGGAGUUCUUCUUAGAUAUGGCAAUGAAUUCAUGGUACAUAGCAGCGAUCAACAACCUCACAUUGUGCAAGGUCUUAAGCUUCUUAAAAAGUACCUUCUUCUAGAGGAUUUUGGCUUGAAAGUUCGAGCUUUACAGGCACUAGGGUAUGCGUUAAUUGCUGAACCUGAGCAUAUGUUGAAGGAAGAUAUUGGGAAAAUUUUAGAGGGAUCACUAGCUUCUGAUAUUGAUCCUAGAAUUAAGAUGCAAGCAGUUCAAAACCUGUAUGAAUACCUUCUUGAUGCUGAAAACCAACUGGGGAAUGAUGGCAUCGCCAAGUCCCGGACCCAAAGUCCAGAAUAUGCUAAGAAUUGUGUUCCUGUGGCUGCUGGUGCCGGAGACACGAACAUUUGUGGAGGUAUCAUUCAGUUGUAUUGGAGUUUUAUCUUAGAAAGAUGUAUGGAUGUAAUUGAUCAGGUCCGUGAGUCUGCUCUUAAGAUAGUUGAAAUUGUACUUCGUCAAGGUCUGGUUCAUCCAAUGACAUGUGUUCCUUGUCUUAUAGCCUUAGAGAAUGAUCCACUAGAGGUGAACUCAAAGUUGGCUCAUCAAUUGCUUAUGAAUAUGAACGAGAAAUAUCCUUCAUUUUUUGAGUGCCGUUUAGGUGAUGGCCUACAGAUGUCAUUUAAGUUUAUUCAAUCCAUAGCUAAGAAUGUGGCAUCAAAUAAUGCAAGAGGAAAAUUUGAUGCUGUUGCUAUUGCUCACAUCAGGCAGGGGAUAUCAAGAAUAUAUAGGCUUAUUCGAGGCAAUCGUGUUUCAAGGAACAAAUUUAUGCACUCAAUUGUGAGAAAGUUUGAGUCUGGAUAUGGGUAUAUCCCUUCAGUAUCAUUUCUCCUAUACUGUACAGAAAUUCUUGCGACUCUCCCAUUUACAUCUCCUGAUGAACCUCUUUAUUUGAUUUAUGAUAUUAAUCGUGUAAUUCAAAUAAGAGCCGGGGCAAUUGAAGCUAACAUGAAAACGUGGAGUUCUAUUGGGCAACAGACUGGGUCUAUUAAAGUCCCUGAUGCAACCAAUGAGCUGAAUGAAGACUCUGAAGAGCAUAAUGUCUCUAAUCAGCAUGUGGCAUCAGCUAUGGAAAACACUAGUGUCCCUACUGCAGAAACAGUGCAAAAGUUCCAGGUUGAUUGGCAAGAUUCAACAGCUCUGCAGUUACUUCUAAAGCUGAAAAGGCACUUAAAAAUUAUGUUUGCAUUGAACGAUGCCAGGUGUCAGGCUUUUUCUCUGAAGGAACAUCCAAAGGCUGGGGAGUCUCUCUCCAGGCAAAACAUUGCUUUCAGUGCCAGUGAUGUUUCUACCAGUUUGCCUACCAACUAUGAUGACAUGAUUCAGAAGUACAAGGAACUAAAGGCAGCGCUGAAGGAAGAUACCAUGGACUAUGCGACAUACACAUCUACUGUGAAAAGGAAGAGGCCCCCCACCCCAGCCCCAGUCCCAAACCCAGCCCCGAACCCAGCCUCAGGACCCGGCCCAAACCCAGCCCCGGACCGAUCCCCAGCCCCAACACCAACCCCAGCGACAAGAAGCUCUCGAAGAGCUACCCGUAAUAGAGCUGCUCGCAAGAGGGAUGAGGAUGACGACGAUGAUGAUGAUGAUGAUGAGGAUGAUGAUGAGGAUGGUUAUGAUGUUAGUGAUGAAGAAUGGACUGGUGGGCCCCGGAAGCUUGACUUCAAUGGUGUCAAUGGCAAUGUAGGUAGGGUAACGAGGCAACGGGCUUUAAUGUGUAGCAACUGAUUAUAGUUUAAUGUACAAUUUAUUAGGAAAAAUGAAAAAAAAUGAAAAAAAAAGGAAAAGAAACAUUGAUGAUGUUGAUGGGGGGGUUAAGAAUAUUGUCAAAUAGAGAAAGUGGUUAAUUCUUUGUAGUUAGUCUCUAAUUUUUGUGGAGCAUUUUAGUCGCCUGUAUUAGUUUUCCAAGGGGCACUAUCUUGGUUGUAUAUGUUUCAUGCUCCAUUUUCAAUUUCAAUGGAAAAAUACUUUUUCUAUGCCUAACAAAAAACAUAUUUUUAUUUUGUAUUCUAGAUUGGAGUAGGGCUUAGAAAUUUGUAU